AUGGAUUCGGAGGUAAAACCACCCAUUAUCGCUCCACUUGGAUCUGCGUCUGGUCUCGAGGGGACCGGAUCUGGCGAAAGAGACACUGGUGACGUGGUUGUUAAGCGGAGAGCCCCCAUUGCUUGCAAAAGAUGUCGCCGUAUGAGGAGCAAGUGUAUUCAUGACAAGAAACCUCCGUGCAAAUCAUGCAAAGAUGCCGGCCUCGGCGCUGACUUAUGUAUAUUUCCUGUACGAGGUCAACCCGACAAGGACCGUGAGUACCGUCACCCGCGCACCAAGGCUGAGAAGGGUGCUGUCCGGGCCAAUGCCCGGCCCCGCGGCGGGGCUGACUCUUCGAUUACAUCGGCCCCGCCAUCUUCGGCAUCUGGGCAUCUUGCCCUCGGCAGACAGCUUGGAUGCUCCGAGGAUGACGACCCAUGGCAGGUCCUUCCGGCCCUGCCGGAGAUAAUGGAAGCCGUCACCAGUUUCGUCCACCACUAUUUCCAGCUUGGCUUUAUCCCUAAGCAGAUGUUUAUGGAGAGGCUAAGAACGGAUCACCGGUCUAUCAGUCCCUUUCUCCUGUUGGGAAUAAUUAGCAUAUCAGCCCGCUUCACGCCCUCCUUGAUUAAGCAGUACCGUACUGGCAUCGAAGCCUCCGAGGCAUACAUAGCAAGUGCGUCUCGGCUUGCUCUGAAGCUACUGUACGACAAACCCUCCUUGCAAACAUGUCAAGGCUUCUACCUCCUGAGCAUUGCUCAACAAGGAAGCGGGCUCAAGAACGCCAGCUUUCUGAACCUCGGCAUUGCCAUGCGCAUGGCUGCUCUUAUGCAACUCCACCGUGAGGAUACCUACCACACAGAGAACCCAACAAAGGAGUGGAUUGUCAAUGCAGAGUCUGCUCGGCGAACCCUGGUAUGUCACUCCAACACGAAAAAUGGACGGAUCGGUGGUCAAGUAGCCAAGCUGGCUCCCUUGCUAACCAAGAUCCCGUGUAACGGCCGUCGCCAAUGUCAGUGGAUGUUGCAUAGUCAGGACAACCUGCAUUCAGGUCCCUCGUCACCAGUUUCCAUGGCAACAAGUGACAUUACUGCGCUUCUCCCCUGCAACGAAGAGGAUUUUGCGAAUGGCUGCGUGCCCAAGGCGAGAGCAGCGCUGGCCGACACCCCUCCCGCAAAGGCAAACCCGAGUUUAACAACACAUAAAUCACGAUCAUUGUUUGCCAGUCUCAUCCAGGCGCACUAUUUCUGGGGCAAAAUCUCUCGCAGGGCUGUAUCUCAGGACAACGAGUCGUCCCCCUGGCAUGAAGACAGUGACUAUGCCAAAAGGGUCAGGGAGCUCAAUGCCUGGGAGGAAAGUCUACCCGAUGACCAUCAGUUCAGCUGUAUGCUGCUGAAAGGCUACAAAGUAGACGGCCUAGAUCUAGCAUACCUGGCUGUCACAAUGGUCGUGCGACUCUGCAACAUUGUUCUGCGAAAGCCUUACAUGCACAUGAUGCUCCCCGGCAAAAGUGACAACAAUCGCUCACAUUUCUGGACCACGAUGUCGCUGGAGCUGUUUACGAAUGUCCACCUCCUAUAUGAGCAAAUAGAGGCCAAGUUCAAGGAUCGAGGUCCGAAUGAUGGAACUGGUGCGCAGAUUAUGGCAUUCUGUAUAUACAGCUGCGGAAUCUUAUCCGCGCACCUUUGUAAAAAUCCUAGCAUUUGCCCUAAUCCCAUGAUCGCCAAGAUGGCACCUACUAUGCUAUCACGGUGCCUGGACAUCCUUGUCGAAAGCCAGGCGACUUGGCCUUUGGCCACUAACUGGCGUAUCGGGCUCGAGAGCUUCGCUCGUGGUCAGAAAAGCUCUACCAGCAAGGACGGCUCCAUGGCCGAUGGAAAAGAUCCGAUACCUCAGCCUCUGCAGCACAUCAGCGCGACAUCAUCACCCGUUGAAAAGAAACCAUUCCGAUCAGAAGAUCCAAGUCCGGCACUCUCCAAAGGUCAUGCGCCACACAAGGAUCCUCAUCACGAACUUCACCCGAUGCCAAACGCUUACAUUGAGCCAGCUUCGAGGUUCACUGCAAUCAACGCACAGUCUUCCCACUUUCAAAGCCAGCAUCAACAGCCGCAACACCAUCAACACAACCACGAUCACCAACAACAGCAUCAUCAACACCACCACCAUCAACACCGACCUAUGCAAGAUCAUCACUCGCAUCACUUGUCUCAGCAACAGCAGCAGCAAAUGCCACCACAGCACCACCCUGCCGGAGGCGCCCGUGAGUCUCAUCCCAACGGUAUAAACCUUCUCCUCGAAGUCCUCGAGACGCAUCCAAACCCCAUAGGCGGUGCUGGGGGUCCCACUUCCUCGGCAACAGUCGGCCACUUCGCGGGUAUGGGCAGUGCGCCCCCUCACCACCAUCCGCAGCACGACAUGGCCUACUAUUCGCACACAGACGGUUACACGGACUCAUUAAUGUCCUACAUCAGCGAGAACCAGGCCCAUGCUUGGGUUCCACCGGGCGCUCUGUACAGCUAUGUUAAUGUCAGUGAGGGUAUGUGA